AAUCCUACCACUGCUUUUCAAAAAUCAUUCUCUCAAAAAAACCAGAUUGAGGUAUUAGGGAUUAAGUGGAGACAGGUACGAAUUCAAGAGUUUAUUCAGCAACUUACCAGAGAGCACAUCAUAAGAAAAACAGUUCCUUUCCAUUCCCACAAAUGUCCACUCUAAAUAUUUAAUAGGGAAACACUGAAUUGAAUGCUAAUAUUUGUAAAUAAGUGACUACAAAAUGCAUGGACUUUUACUGGAAAAACUGUAAUAAAAAUAAAGCCCCUUUUCACCAUGUGCUAAUGCAAUGUGCCAUGCUUUGCUUUUCAGGAAUAUUUUUAUAUCUGUGGAGUAUAAGCUAAAAUAUCAAUUUAAAGUGAAAAUCUGAUUAUCUUAAUUGUAAUAAAGCCAAUGACACACUUAAUAGGGUGUGCACGCUCUUUCCAAGCAGGCUGAUGUACAGUCAUAUCAGUUAAGAAAGCAAUAUGCCAUCUGCAGAUAUUUAUAUAUGAAAUCCAACGUAGGGAAAACAUUUGUACUACAGAACAGAUUAAAUAAUUGAAAAUGAAAUAGCAAGAUAAGGUGUUUGACAAGGUGGAGGGAAACUGCUCAGUGGAGGAAAAUCCAUCCCCAUGACUACUGGUCCUUCCUCCUCCUCCCUGCUCACUGCUGUUCGCCUCUCCUUGGAUUCCAGAGCUUGUUUUAUUCCUCAGCAGCCUCCCUGCAGCCUGGUGGAUUCAGUGCACUUGGAAACUGUGGAUCUGGGGUUUGUUUCAGGAAGACAAGAAGGGAGAGUUUAAGUAUUGCUGUAGCAGCAGAUGGCUUUGCUCUGGAUUCUGUUACACACAAAGAAGAUGUUUUUGCUGGCUCUGUAAGCACAGAAAGGGAAGAGGAAAAUUGUUAAAGGCAGAGUGGAUAUGACUUGAAUUUUUCAGCAGGCUCUCAACACUAUUACUAGGGGUGAAGAACUAUCUCCUUCCAGCCAGUUUUCCAAUAACUUCAAAAAGGAAUUAAGGUUGGAAAUAACCCCUUUCUGGCCAGAGAGCUGGCUGGGAGAUGCUUCACGAUGGAUAAAGCCAUUCAGCACCCCAGUGAGAUCCCGUCCAACCAAACUGUCUCUAACUUUAGCAUUUCUCAGUUCCUGAACUUUGACACAUGCCAGCUUUCCUUCCUUGCAGAGUUCUUGCUUAUUACAGCUUACACCUUAGUUUUACUAGUGGGGCUUUUUGGGAAUCUUUGCUUGAUUAUUGUAAUAAAGAGGCGGAAAGAAGCUCAAAAUGUUACCAGCAUUUUGAUUGCCAACCUCUCUUUAUCAGAUGUCUUGAUCUGUAUCAUGUGCAUCCCUGUCACAGUUGCAUACACCUUAAUGGACCACUGGAUAUUUGGGGAAGCAAUGUGUAAAAUGGGUUCUUUCAUACAAAGUUUGUCUGUCACAGUCUCCAUUUUCUCCCUUGUACUCAUUGCUGUUGAGAGGUAUCAGUUAAUUGUGAACCCACGUGGCUGGAAGCCCAACAUUUCACACGCUUACUGGGGAAUUCUUUUCGUCUGGGGGCUCUCCCUCGUGAUAUCCCUUCCUUUUUUAAUAUUUCACCAGUUGACAGAUGAACCCUUCAAACACCUGUCUUUCCACAGUGAUUUCUACAAGAACAAGGUGGCUUGCAUCGAAGCAUGGCCCUCUCUUACGGAGAGGCUGAUUUUCACCACCAGCCUGCUGGUUUUCCAGUACUGCUUCCCACUGGGGUUUAUUUUCAUCUGCUACCUCAGGAUAUUUGUGUGUCUUCGAAGGAGACGCUUUAAGAUAGACAGGAUGAGGGAGAACGAGAGCAGGCUGAGUGAAAACAAAAGGAUUAACAUGAUGCUGGUGUCAAUUGUUGUGACUUUUGCAGCUUGCUGGUUGCCUCUCAAUAUAUUCAACGUGGUUUUUGACUGGAACUACGAGGCACUGAUGAGCUGCAAUCACAACCUGGCAUUUACCAUCUGCCACCUCGUGGCCAUGGUCUCAACGUGUAUCAACCCCAUCUUCUAUGGAUUUCUGAACAGGAACUUUCAGAAGGAUUUGAUAGUAUUAGCUCACCACUGCAGAUGCUCAGCAUCCCAGGAGGAAUAUGAAAAUAUUGCCCUUUCAAAUCUGCAGACUGAUGCAUCUAGGGGGUCUCUGAAAUUAAAUAAUCCCCAUGUGGAUAUAUAA